CACCGUUGCACCCACGCUGUAACGCGCAUGCAUGCACCCAAGCAACUGGCCCUUGUUCCAGUCUUCAAGUCGAGUGCUUGCAGAACAACCCCCCACCCCCAGUGUCAACAGUCGAUCUCGCCGGAAGCGAAGGGCAGACUUUCUCCCCCAACGGCGCAAGAAUCCUGAUCGUGAGGCCAUUGCUUCUGGUGGCCUAUUGUCGACAAGCUUGUCUUUGUAAAGUUGGAGAUUGUCCCUCCAAGCUGCAGAGGGCGGCUUGAUCCUUUUCGCCUUAUAUCUUUUCAUUCGUCUCUUCCCGGUACAGGAGCAUUCGUCAUUGUGCAACAUGUGUGGGAUCAUGGCUCUCCUCCUCGCCGAGGGCGCAGCAGCCCCCGAGAUCAACGAGGGGCUUUCGCUGCUCCAGCAUCGUGGCCAGGAUGCAGCCGGCAUUGUGACGUGCGGUAACAAGGGGCGAUUCUACCAGUGCAAGGCCAAUGGUAUGGUCCGCGACGUCUUUGACGCGACCAGCUUGAGUAGACUGGUGGGCAGCAUGGGCGUCGGACAUGUCCGUUACCCGACCGCUGGGUCCUCAAACCAUGCCGAGGCGCAGCCUUUCUAUGUCAACUCUCCGUACGGCAUCGUCUUUGCGCACAACGGCAACCUCAUCAACACGAACGAAUUGCGCUCCUUCCUCGAUGCCGAGGCUCACAGGCACAUCAACACUGAUUCCGACAGCGAGCUUCUCCUCAACAUCUUUGCCAACAACCUGCAAGCCACUGGGAAGUUCAGGAUCAACGAGGAGGACAUUUUCAAUGCCAUCGGCGGAUUGAUGCGACAAGCGCACGGUGGCUACGCGUGUGUGGCGAUGCUCGCCGGCUUUGGUAUCAUCGCCUUCCGCGAUCCGAACGGCAUCCGACCGCUCGGCAUGUGUUCGCGCAAGGCGGGCCCUUCCGCUACCUCCUCAUUCGGCACCGGCGGCCGUGCUCACAGCAUGGACUACUGCUUCACGUCCGAGUCGGUCGUCUGCGACGCGCUUGGCUUUGAAGACUUUGAGGACAUCCGACCUGGCGAAGCGGUCAUCAUCACGCGAAACAACGUCAGUCGCCGCUUGCUCGUUCCGCCAGCGACGGCGGUCAAUACGUACACCUUCUCGCCUGACAUCUUCGAGUACGUCUACUUUGCGCGUCCCGACUCGGUUUUGGACGGCAUCAGCGUAUAUCGAAGCAGGAUGGCCAUGGGAGACAAGCUGGCCGAUGAGGUGGCCCGAGUCUUAAAAUUAAAAGGGGAGACAAUCGACGUGGUCAUCCCCGUACCCGACACGUCGCGCGUCGCGGCAUUGCAACUGGCGCAGAAGCUCGCCAUUCCGUACCGUGAGGGCUUUGUCAAGAACCGCUACGUUGGACGCACGUUCAUCAUGCCCGGGCAAGACGUUCGUCGCAAGAACGUGCGGAAAAAGCUCAACGCCAUGGCACUCGAGUUCGCUGACAAGAAUGUCCUGCUCGUCGAUGACUCGAUCGUGCGCGGUACGACGUCCAAGGAGAUCAUCCAGAUGGCGCGCGACGCCGGCGCGCGCAAAGUCAUCAUAGCCUCGUGCGCCCCGCCGAUCCGCUUCUCCAACGUGUACGGCAUCGACAUGCCUAGCCGACACGAGCUCGUCGCGCAUGGCCGGACCGAGGAGCAAGUAGCCGAAGCCAUCCACGCAGAUCUGGUCAUCUACCAGACGCUGCCGGACCUCAUCGAGAGCGUGCGCCAGCUCAACCCUGAGAUCAAGCAGUUCGACUGCAGCGUCUUCGAUGGCAAGUACGUCACCGGUGGCGUCGACAGCAAAUACCUUGAGCACCUCGAGGGCCUGCGUAGCGAGAACGCAAAGAUCAAGCAGAAGAGCGGUGCCAUCAGCUAUCCUGCUGGUGGCCUAGCGGGCGGCGCUGGAGGCGAAGGUCUCAAUGAUUCCAAGAUGGCCGUUGCGCUGGAUGCACACGCCGUUUCGGGAGAGACAAGGAUCCUCGGAGGUGGGGAUCACGUAGAAGAGACACACAUAACGUGUAAUGGGCCGAUGAAUGGCGCUGACGAUAUUGGCCUAUAUAACGGCUGGACGCGGUGAAACCAUUCGGUGAUGGAUUCGGUCGUCGUCGCACGGAAAGCCCAAGGGAAAAGCGGGCAUACUUGUACCUUAUGCGUUUUAUGGUGAUACAGUCCAUGUUCU